UUUUAUCCAUCAGCUGGUCUCUUGGUUUUAACUUACCCUAAAAAUGAAUUCACUAGUUGUUCUUUAUAGAAUACUUCGUAAAUUUUAUGGAGAAUUGAAGCGUAUAGAAAAGUUUUUCUUGUAUACAUUCAUUAUAGAUAUGGUCACAUAUAGUUUUCUGUUCGUUGGCUCCUUAAUCUUAGCAGGAAAUUUCGAAAUUCAUUUUAUAAUUAUUCCAUUAAUAUUUUUUCCUAUAAUAUCAGGGAUAAUUAUGUUCUAUGGUAGAACCGUUUAUCAUGGAUUAGCAUUCCUUGGUGUACAUAUGUUUCCUGUUGCUGGAGGAAUAGCUAAUUUUUAUACUCAAUAUUUUAAUUGUAGAGACCAUACUGUCUCAUGUUUUGCAGAUUUAAAGUUUUAUACAAUAGGAUCAUCUUUUUUAAUUGCACUUUCAAUAUUAUUUCAAUUACUACAUACAUUAUAUGUGUACUUAAUAUGGAAGAAAAAAAUAUGGCCUCUAGUAUAUAGAUUCAAAAAUUCUAGACAUGAUGAGAUUAAAGAAAUGCAUGCAAUAUAUGAAGUCCAAUUUCCAUUGUUUCAUGCGCAGAUUAUGAUGAUAGAAUUAUUGUUAUUUGCUUAUUUGGUAGGAAUAGCACUAACAAAAAGACGAAUUAGUGUUAGAGACGUAUUUAUCAAUUAUCAAGUGCCACUCAACAUAAUAUUUAUUUAUUAUUCAUACUUUAUGCUCAAAGGUGUGAGGGACGAGAAACAUUAUAUGAUGUGUAUUGUAUAUGUAGGAAAUAUUAUUCAAGUCAUAUUAUUAUAUUUUGAUAUGGCUAGUUUCUGUAAACGAGUUAAUGUAUUGAUAGCGUGUCUAUGUUGGAUUGUUUUGGCAUUAUCAACAUGGAACACGAUUAGGUGUCAUAAAAAUUUCGGUAGACAUAUGAUUCUUACAUACGAACCAACCCCUAACCCGGAAGAAAGUUAGUAAUAAGAGAAUCAA